AGCUGCUGCGAUAGAACUUCGAGAUUCUAAACACGCUAAAAGUUGCACUUCAAAUCGUUCAACAAAUUUACAGAAAGAUUGCCUGGACAGAUGUGCUUGAUUGAUUGAGCACGGAACUGAAUGUAAACAGGCGCCACAAGGAUAUUCUGGCGUCAAAAGCAUGUACGAACCAGUGGUGUUGAUACUAUCGCUAGACGAGACCGUCAAGCCGGGAACGAUCGUGGAAAAGAUUCGUAAGCAGCCGAACGAUCAGAAUCAAGUUAAACGAGACAGCGUACCGAUAUCGAUCGAUUACCCGUAUCAGAUUCAAGCGAAAUGCUGCGAUGUGAUCAACCUGGUCCCACACGAUUCCGCUGAGCUGGACUCGAUUCGCGAUAGAAUUCUGGGAUGGCCAGAUGGAAUAGUGAUUUAUUUCGACGCUAAAAAUCGUUCGAUUCUAGAGGUGCUUCCAAACUAUCGGCAGUUUGUUGAAAUUGACCAGAAAUCCACUUUUAAUAUCCUACUUUGUAACACUCUGAUGAAAUCCAGCGAAGAUGGUGUAACCUUUGACGAAGUGAAAAAGCUCUGUCCCACAUUCAACGUGAUCGAGCUCGAACCAGACGAUGCUUACAAUGCAUCAAAAUCAUGGCGGACGCCUAUCGAGAAAGAAGAAAUGCAGGAACUUAUACAGGCGAUGCAAAAUCACGUCUGGACCAAGCCAACCGUAAACCAGUCUAAGCCCGGUGAUAAAUCACCAACAUCAACAACACAACCACCACCACCACGAAUUGCCGCGAAUCCAACCAACGAUGACAAUGGUCAGUUCGCGGAGGAAGAUAUACGAAUGAUGGAAACCAAGCUAAUGAUGCCGGAACACGCGUCGCCAGGAUAUUCUGACGACAAAAGCAUUAGUGAACCAGUAGUGUUGAUCAUCUCGCUAGAUGACACCAUCAAGCCGGAAUCGAUCGUGGAAAAGAUUCGCAAACAACCGAACGAUCAGAAUCAGGUCAGACUAGUCAAGUUAAGCGAAACGGUUGGCUAUCCAUAUCACAUUCACACGAAAUACUACACCGCCGAUGUGGUCCUGGUCGCACACGGGUCAUCUGCGCUGGGCUCGAUUCCCAACGCGUUACUAAAGCGGAUAGAAGGAAUUCUUAUCUAUUUCAACGCAAAAGAUCGCUCAUUUCUCGAAGUGCUACCCGAUUAUCGGCGAUUUGUGAAUAAAGAAGACAUCGAAUUUGGUGUCCUACUUUGCAACACCCUGGCAGAAUCCAGUGCGGACGGUGUUACCUAUGGCGAAGUGAAAAAAAUUUGCCCCGUCUUGGAUGUGAUCGAGCUUGAACCAAGCGCAGAGGAUGUUGCUAAUGCCGCCACGGCGGGAGAAGCAAUUGGCGUGGAAGAAUUGAUACAGGAAAUUCACGCGCACGUCUGGUCCAAUCCAAUUAUGCAUCGGGGAACCACGCAGGUUGGACCGAGUAAAGAGCCUUCCGCGUCAACGGCACCACCACCACCCAUUGCCGUGAAUGCAACCAAUGAUGACGAUGGUCCGGUCACGGAGGAAGAAGAAAAAAUGAUUGAAGCCGAACUGAACGGGUUCGAGCGACUGCUGACGGAAGUGAUGGAUUUUCAACCCAACACCAGCUCGUGGAGCAGGAACGAGCGGCUCAUGUACGCGCAGGAGCUUGCGGAAAUGUUCGAUGACAUGGUCGAAGAGGACGAUUGAAUCGGACAAAUUUCUUUCGGUUAUUUUAAUGCUUUCUUGAAGCUCUCAUUCCGCGAAGGUUAGAUCCUAGGACAUUAAAAGAAAGAGGAAAAAAUGCAUCUUAACUUUUCUUCAAUUCAGUUUCAAAUUGUUUUGGAAUCUUCCGUUUCUUGGUUUCUAAGCGCUUUCCAAGUUGGUACUCCCUAACGUCUGUGUUACUGUUGAGAAGAUAUAUUUACGAACUGAAUCUGUAACGAAAUGAAACGAAACAGAAUAAUUUAUAAAGAGAUGUAACCAA